UGUGCCACGGUUAACAACGGCUCCGUAAAAAAUUGCAAACAAAAAGUCAAAAAGUGCGUUUAUAUCAAUACAAAACAUUUAUUUACGGAUAAAAAGUGCUUAAACAACUGGUGAAAUAAUAGAAGUUGAAAAAUAAAUAUCUGAACACUUAUAAUUUUUGAAACAAACAAAGUGUGAACCAACUACCAAUAUUACGUUCCUGUGGCCUUUUUCGCGAUUAUCGAGCUGCGCCAACUGAAACUGGUAUCGUAUUCAUAGUGAAGAAGUGAAACAAAACAAAUCAGUGCAAAUUUGGUGAAAAUUAAAGUUUUAGAAUAAAACAUAACCUUAAAUUGAUGAUUUGCAAAUUAACGACUACUUACUCAAAACAAUAUUAUGAGGCGCCAUCUAGUAAGCAAGCGGCGCUCUAUGGUAUCGAUAAAUCACUAACAGCUGAGGCAAAACGAUAUUGCUUUAAGUGCUAAGUAAUACCAACACACGCCAGUAGAUGACACUUUAUACACCAAAUAUAAAAGCUAAUAAUUCCAAAGCGUAUCACUAGAGGGCAAUAUCAUACUAUAUCAAACUGCGAACCAUAAAACAUGGAGGAAAUACUAAAUGCGCUUAACAAAAUAACAAAAGAACUGGACAUGCAGAGACAUGAAAUUCGUGAAACAGGAAAAAAUGUGACGGAAAAAGUUACACAAAAUAUUAAUCAAAUGUUGGAAGAAAAAUUUUUAAUAUUGGAGGAAAAACACGAAAAACUUAAGGAAAUCGUGGAAAAUCAGGAAAAACGACUCUACUAUCUGGAAAAACAGGCUAGAAAACGAAAUUUAGUGAUUUUUGGUAUAGAAGAGACUGAAACAUCAUAUGAAAACCUGGAAACGAAUAUUAUGAAAUGGAUAGAUCAAUAUUUUGCUCUCAAGCUCACGUACAGUGACAACCAGGAAGUAAAAAGAGUAGGAAAGAAGGAGAAAAGACCACGCCCAGUAAUAGUUACUUUCUUAACACUCGGCAUGAAAAUCAAAGUUUUAAAGCAAAAAAGAGCACUGCAAGAAACACAAUACUAUAUUAAAGAGGAUUAUCCAAAAUAUGUACUGGAAAAAAGAAAGGAACUACAAGAGCAACUGCAGUUGGAAAGAGAACAGGGAAAUAGAGCCCGAAUUAAGUAUGAUAAACUAAUUAUUUCAAAAAACUUCACUAAACGAAAACUACCUAUUUCACCAGAAAAUGUCACAGCAUCAAAUAUAGAGACAAAUACACAAACAAAUAAAAAGAACAAAAUACAACAACGGAGCACAUCAGUAAAAAGGUCAAACAGCAUCUCAGAGGGUGUCAUAAAACCGGGUAUACUAAAUUUCUUAGUGAAUAAAGAUACAACCAACAUAACCAGAAAUCAAGAAAAUAAUUUGUAGCAGAAAAUCCCCUCCUCCAGCAAAGAUGUGACAAACAAACGUACUAAAGCAAAAAACAUAUAUUAUCCUCCAACCCGACUGGCCCUCGUGGAGGAUUAUGGCCAAAACCCUUCAAACGAAACCAAACUAUUAAAAAGCGAGAAGAACAAAUGUCAUCAAAUUCAGAUUGCAACAUAUAAUGUCAGAACUCUAUCCUCAUACGAGCGCUUAUUAGAAUUAGAAGAAGCAAUAAAAAUAAUUAAAUAUGACGUUAUAGGACUUUC